AUGAUGUCUUCUUCAUCCUCAGCUCAGGUACUGGCGGGUAUACCUCAAAUCGGUGCGACGACACCGGUGACAACUCAGUCAACAGUGAAACGGGAGGGGAGUACGCCUGUCCGCUGCCGUGGAAAGGUUGAGCGGACACCGCGGGGGUCGCAGAGUAGCCAGGAUGCUGUGAGGGUUGCAGUCCGUGUAAAACCUUCUAGUGACAAUAGCAAUCUCCUGAGGUACGUUAUUGAAACUGGAACGUUAGCAACAACACCACGGACAGGUUGUCGGCGAGAAAGUGCCCGUCUCGGCAGUGCCAACCAAUGUGCCAAAAGUGCCGAAGAGGCAGCAAAUAUUGGUGGUGGCGGACAGGGCGAUGAGAGGGGUAGUCUCUCAAACAUGAGCCUUUCUAGUAGUUCCAAUAUUAACGGCGGGCCUGUGGUGACCGGAAGGGGCGCAACUCGGCCGGUACCCUGUUUCGCACCCAUCGCCGGAACCGAAGAGGGGAACAUGCUUACAGUCAUAACACCAACUGCCGAUGGGGCAAAAGAGGUGCAACGUACGUAUGAGUUUGGUCGUGUCUUUGGCCCGUCAGUGAGUGAUAGCGAAAUAUGUGAGUCGAUAGUUCCGGGUAUAGUUGAGCAGCUGAGGGCUGGCUUCAAUGCUUGUGUCCUCUGCUACGGGCAAACGGGGAGCGGGAAGACGCACACAAUUAACGUUUUGGCACCCGCCUUUAUCAAUGCUUUGUUUGACAACCUUGACGCUGAGAACGACAUUAUAGAAUUGUGGUAUAUACAAAUAUACACCAACAAUGCCUACAACUUGCUGGGGAGAGGGAAAUCAGAACACGGUAUGCUGCUCCAAAAACCUUUGGGCACCGCGGUUCCCGAGCCCCGUUACCUCGUGCAGAAUGCAACUCUUGCAAUUGCACGCAUCGCUGAAGCGCAGAGAAAGCGUUUUGUCAGUCACCACGCGUUAAACGCACGCAGUUCCCGGUCGCAUGUACUGCUUUCCCUACAUGUAACAAAGUGUGUUGGCGGUAUUCCAGUGUUUACGAGUCGCUUAACUUUGGGUGAUUUGGCAGGGUCGGAGCGUGUAAAGCGAACAGGAGUGGUGGGUGACGAACUAGGGGAAGCUAUUGCCAUAAACAAGUCACUUUCAGUUCUGCACUCCGUAAUUAGGGCUACGGCCGAGGAGGCGGAUGUACUUCCAGUCCGAGAGUCGAUGCUCACGCUUUACCUUGCAUCGACUCUCGCUGACUGUUAUCUUCUUCUUAUCGCGACUGUGUCACUCGACAAACGCAGUGCUGCGGAAACAAAGAGUUCGCUUGACUUUGCUACAACGGCAAAACGGUGCGUUCUAACAAAGACAAAAGAAAGAGUAAGAGAUUUGCUUAUGAGGAAUGGGUGUAGUUUUGAGGAAGCUUAUGGAAAUCUUACGCGGGAAAUUGAAACUUUGCGCCACCGUGUCGCCACACUUCAAGAAGAGGUGAACAUUGAAAAGCAACUUUCAUCCCUAACACGAAGGGAGAAGCAUGCUCCCAAUUCAAACGAUGGUAUGGAUCAUGAAGGAAAGGAACCUGAACAACCCCAGAAGGUAAAUGGUGAUGCGGCAACGAACACGGAAAACUCACUAGCCAAUGCAUCUGGCGCCAACAGCGCCGAAGAUCCAGUGAUUCGGGACCAUGUGGUGGCUCUAGAGCGCCAGUGUGCUAUUUUCCAGAGUGUCUUGCGUGAACGCGAACGGGAUCUCUGUUCACUGGAGUCGCGUGGGGACGUAGCCGAGGAGCUUCGGCAGGAACUGGAGCAACGAGUACGGCAGUGCGAUGAAGCGCAACAAACUCUUGAAGAGGCCGUAUUGGAGGUAGGAACUAGUGAGUUGCUUCAUAAGGUAACGGACACUUUUCGGUGGAUGCAAGAACAGUUUGAUAGCAUGAGCGAGCAAAAGCAGGUAAUGGCGAAGACCGUGGAAGCGAUGCGCAGUGAGCAGAAGCGUACUAUGGCAGAGCUCCUGGAGGCAAGAAAACAUAUUGUGCAGACGGAAAAAAGCUGCGAGGAACUUCGGCAACGGUUAGAGAGGGUGACGAACGAAAACACGGGAUUAACGGACCAAUUGGAAGAGCUCAACCUUAAACUUCUUCAUGAAUAUACUGAACGUGUUAUUCGUGAAGAGACAGUUGCGUGGUUCAAGGCGUCUGGUGAGCGCGCUGAAGAAUGUGAACGAUUGACAACUGCCUUUGAGGAUCAGAGAAAUCUCUGUGAUGUACUGCAAAGUCGUUUGACGAGUACAGAGGAGGAACUUGAACGAGGCAACAAGGAGCACUGCGCCUUACUUCAGGAGAUGCAGAAAAAAGACGAGGCAUUUCGUAGUAUAUGGAUUCUGCUAACUCCACAACAGAAGGCACGCUUCAUGUCAGUGGGGUAUGGUGGUGACGUAGUGGAAAACUCUGGAUCCGCAUCGCUACACCAGGGCCACGAGAAUGUGCAGUUGCGCAGCCAGGUGCGAACCCUGAAGAAGCAACUAGAAGAUGAAAUCCUUUGCAGUAGAGAGCGCGACUAUCGGAUUGAGGACUUGGAGUGUGAGAACCGGCUCUUGCAAGAGCGAUUGCUACACCGAGAGAACGAAUACAAGAGCCUCGUUGCACUUGACCAGGAUUAUAUGGAUGAACGGGAACAGAUGGAAGGACAAAUUGCUCACCUCUACACAUACAUUGAGGAGCACAAUAUGAAGCAACGCACAUCUGAGAGGCAACUGCGUGAAGUGCAGAUUGAGUGGGAAAAGUUGAACGAAGAAUAUUGCAAUUCUCAGCGUGAAGUGGCGGAGCUGACUGCUAAACUGAAUAAGGCAAAAGAGGAAAUACGCAUUCAGGAGGCUAAUAAACACGUACUGAAAAACCGCCACCAGCACGAGUCUCGGGAACGGGACAUGAAAUUAGCUGUGCUUCAGCACCAACUGGCGGUGAAGCAGCGUACGACCGAUGAGGUGUCACGCCGACUCGGACUCGCGGAACGGCGGCGACAGCACGUAACGGCAACCGUAACAGCCCACAAGCACCAUAGCGACCUUGUCAGGCGGAAGGCAAUGAAACGGAAUCCUGAGUUGCUGCGGUGUCAGGUUGGACAGCCCAUCACCACUUCCCAAUUGAUACGCGCUACAUCCCUUCAAACUUCGUUAAAGAGAGGACAUUCCCAGCGCCCGCAGCGUGACGCACCCAAAGGAUUGUUGCGGUCGAGGUCUUCAGUGUCGGUUGAUGCUGCUGCAGGGAUGCGUUGGGAUUCCCGAAGCAGUAGCAACAACCAGAAUGGUUAUGUGCGGCGACGGACCUUUUCACUGAAUAAGCAGCGUGAUGCACCGGCACGUAGCAAAUUUGCACGCACAAACUCGACCUUGGUGGAGAGGCCCGCUCUUUUCUUCUGA